AUCCUCAUCUCGUCUUCAGAUCGCGACUACAAUUCCCAUAAUGCCGCGGUGGCUUUCCGUUCGACGCUUUCAGUGUUUGCUAAUGUUUCGAGUGUGGUAACCGGUAAUUAUGGAGGUGACAGCAGCCCGCCGCUCGUUUCUGUGCGACAUCGGCUUCUGGGCAGACCGCACUGCUCUGCACGAAGCAGCAUCCCACGGCAGGACUUUGCAGUUGAAGCAGCUGAUAGAAAACGGAGCGUCUGUCAACAUGGUGACUGUGGAUAACAUCACUCCUCUACAUGAAGCCUGCAUCCAGGCUCAUCCACACUGUGCUCGCCUGCUGCUGGAGGCAGGAGCCCAGGUGGAUGUACGCACCAUCCAUGGUAGCACGCCUCUUUGUAAUGCUUGUGCUGCUGGCAGCCUGGAAUGUGCCAAGCUGUUGUUGGACUACGGAGCCAAGGUGAACCCGUCCCUCACAGCUCUCACUGCCUCACCGCUCCAUGAGGCCUGCAUACAAGGUAAUCCCCAAGUUGUGAGACUGCUGAUAGCCAGCGGUGCCAAGCUGGAGGCAUUUGACGUCCACUUUGGUCCUCCCCUUCACAUAGCAUGUGCUAAAGAACAUCUGAAUUGUGUCAAGGAGCUGCUAACUGCAGGUGCUAAUGUGAAUUCAGUGAAGUUCCAUGAAAUAGCGUUGCAUCACGCAGCUCGGGUCGGUAUGGUGGAAAUGAUUGAGCUGCUGGUGGAGUUUGGAGCCAAUGUGUACGCCAGCGACAGCCUGGGAAGAAAGCCUAUAGACUACACAACACCUGCAUCUCCCUCGUACACCUGCCUCAGGUUUUAUGAAAGUAAUCCUUUGAGCCUGCAGCAGCUUUGCAGGAUUGCUGUGAGGAGGAUGCUGGGUACCAGAGCAUCAGAGGUCCUGAGUCAGCUGAAUAUAUCCCACCGCAUCAACAGCUACCUCCAGUACUGUGAUCAUCCCAUAUCCCUACAGACUUACACAUGAACAUUUAGUAUACAAGGUUUAAAAUGUCCCCCUGAAAAAUGUUUGCCAUUCAGAUGAAACACAUGUAACCAGGAUGAAAAUCUCUGUACGGAGUCAGUUCAACACUGUAUGUCAAAUUAAACCAAUUCAUUGCUGAAUGAGAACAAGUAUAUUCUAUAUA